AUGGGAAACAAGAACAGCUGUUGUGUGGUCCCUGGACCUGGCAGAUUCCGGCGAUCCAGCAAGCACCGGAACAGUCAGCUCUUCGAAAGUAAGGAGCAAACUCUCAAAAACGGGGACAACGUAAGGCACUCGAUUACAGCGGAAGAAAGUUGCUGCCAACUUCAGCACAUCAGUGAUCGGGAGCCAGAUGAUCUCGCAGAGGACCCUUCGCUGCAUCCGACGACGGGGCCGUUGUUUCUCGCCUUCACUGAUCCAGUGGACAAUGUCCCGAAUGGAUUUUCAGUGCCCCUGAAGCGACGUUCCCGCUCCCGUUUAUCGUCAGCAUCUCCAUUGACUCCUAAUGGAUUACGCAAGUCAUCAUCGUGUUCUACCAUUUUCCUGGACGAUUCAACUAUCACCCAGCCUAAUUUAAAACACACCAUAAAAGCUGUGUCUUUGGCUGUGUUCUUCCACAUCAAGAACCGCAAGUCGGAGCGUGGAAUGGAUGUUUUUGAUGAGAAAUCGCAUCCUUUGUCCAAGGAAGGCCCAUCGAGUGACGUAGAUCGUUUGUAUGUGGAAAAUCGGUCUAUUUACAGAUUUGUGAGGACGUUAUUUUCAGCCGCUCAGUUGACCGCGGAGUGUGCAAUAGUUACGCUUGUGUAUCUAGAGCGACUCUUGACAUAUGCCGAAUUGGAUGUGACUCCGAGGUCCUGGCGACGAAUGGUCCUUGGCGCCACACUGUUGGCAUCUAAAGUCUGGGACGACCAAGCUGUUUACAACGUCGACUACUGCCAGAUCUUGAAGGACACCACUGUGGAGGACAUGAACCAGCUAGAGAAGGUUUUCUUGGAGAUGUUGCAGUUCAACAUUAAUGUUCCUUCCUCCGUUUAUGCCAAGUAUUAUUUUCACUUGCGCGCGCUUGCGGAAGCAAAUGACUUCGCGCUGCAGAUGGAACCACUGAGCAAAGAACGGGCUUUCAAGUUGGAAGCCAUGUCUAGGUUUUACGAAUUCAAGAUCAUUCACACUGGGAGUGGACGUAGUGGCAAGAAUGGAAUGAAGCGAGGGAAAAGCUUGGAUAACGUUUUCAGAACCUGGCAAUCUGCUGCGGUAUUGCCCUGA